GCUAGCUCUCCUCGGUGGGUGGAGGAGACAGUCCUGCUGUUUAGAGGGGCAUGUGCCAUCCCCGCUGAACAAGGGAGCCAGGGACUAUGGAAGGGCUGAGAAAUUUUCUUUUCAGAGUUUCCUUUGCUUCUCCAGAUUGCCAGUUUUCAUCUUAUAUUCUUCCCAGCCUGUUGAUGGUUCAGUCAGGCUUCUCUGCCGGCAGGUAUUCAGGAGUUUCACAUGUUAUUUUUAUUUGUUUGCAUAGUAAAUUUUCUAUCACUGAGGGUAAAGCUUCUUUCAGCCCCAGAGCUGAAGAUCUUCUGUUGGUGCCUUCUCUCCCCUCUCGCAUUCUUCUUAUUACCUUUUUAUAUUUAUCAACUGUCCACACACAGACAGCUGAAACAUUCAGAGCUCAUGAACCUCUAGCAAAGAACAUGUCACAAAAUCUUCCACAGUACAGGAUGGCAGCCUUCUGUUGCUUCUGUCUCUUCAUAUGGAUGAAGUGCAGCUCAAGUGACAAAGUUUGGUUUUUUUAACUGGUGUCCAUGAUUCUACAUUCAAGGGAUGGUAAAGAUUAUGAAGUGAACAGUUUGCUAAAUGUUAUUUUGCUUUCCUGCAAAGACUGACUAUUUCACACUGCCAUUUGCUUGUUUGUUUCUUUGUAGCUCUGUAUAGUCUAACCCCAAUGCAGGCAAUGACUCCUGACCCAGAGCAGCUCUCUGGCUCUGGGAGUUUUCUUACUCCAGAGGCCUCAGGGAUGCAGGAGGAUGCACUGAGGGACCUCGUGGUCUCCAGGGUAACAGACCAAAGCUUUAGUGUCUCAUGGUAUGCGAAUACAGGAGUCUACAGUAGUUUUGUGGUGGAGUACAAGGAAGUGUCACUGGCAGCUGGGCCCCCUGCAGAAACCUCCCUGCCCAGAGAAUCCCUAGGUGCUGUGAUUGACGGCCUCCAAGCUAACACUUCCUAUAAAAUCAAGGUGUAUGGAUUGGCUGGAGAACAGCGCUCUUCUCCUCUGGAAGCUGUGGCUACAACAGCUGUGAUCAGAAACACCUUCUCUGUGAUCUCUGUGAUCUCUGAGAUUUUCAGAAUCUGACUGUACUACAAGAUAUGUUCACAGAUCAUUCAGCAUG